AUGCGAAGCACACAACUUAGUGAAAGUCUAAAUGGAACAUUAAGGGGAUAUUUGAAAGGUGAUCAUAACAUUAUUCAAUUUUUUACUCAUUUCAAUCGGAUUGUUGUAGAUAAGCGGUAUGAGGAAAUUUCUGCAAUAUAUGAUUCUAGACAAAAGUUGCCAAGAAUGAAAUUGAAAAAGUUUUCCAUUUUAAUCCAGGUUGCGAGUUUGUACACCCCUCCUAUCUUUGAUUUAUUUCAUUGUGAGUUAGAUACGUCCCUUUGUUGUCAAGUGAAGCAAGUCCACGAGUUAGAAGGAGAAGUUAAGUGCGUGAUUGGCUUGUAUGGUAAUGGUGAAGAGUAUAUUGUGGAGGGUACAGUAGAAGUUACUGGGCUAAGAGGAGAAAAAAGCUGUCAAGAAAUACAUUGUACUUGUAAGAAAUUUGAGAACUUUGGAAUUUUAUGUAAUCAUGUAAUCAAAGCACUUGAUAGAAUGAAUGUUAUGAAAAUUCCCGAAAGGUAUAUAUUAGGCCGAUGGAGAUUGGAUGCAAAAGUUGAACAGAAAAAUAUUGUAGUGGAUGAGGAUGAUCCGAAGUUGUUAAUAUUAGCACGUUAUAGAGAUCUUUGUCCAAGAAUGGGGAAACUAGCAACUCAAGCAUCUAUGCACAAACCUGCGUAUCAAUUGGUUGAUGAAGGAAUUAAGGAAUUGUGUGUAAAAGUAAAUAAUAUAAUGAAGGGAGUUGGAAAUUUUGGUACCAAUGAAUUGGAUGUGGAUGACCCCAACUUUGCACAAGUUAAGGGCAUAAAGAAGAAAGAUGUUGGACACAAAGGGAGAGGUAGAUUAAAACCUUGGCAUGAGAUGAUGAAUAAGAAGACAAAAGUUGUUUCACAACCUACCCGCCUUAGUAAGACUGUUGGUCAAUCAAGCAACACUACAAAUGUUCAAAAUUCAUCCUCAAGCCAACCACAGACUAUUGGUCAAUUAAGCAAUAUCACAAAUGUUGAAAAUUCAUCUUUAAGUCAAUCACAAGAUGUUGGGAGUCUCUAUUGGCCACAAUUGAUAAAUUAUGGGUAUAAUCUUCUCACACGUGAUACUAAUUCAUACUUACCAAGAUAUCCACAAUCACAACCUUUGUCUUUCCAAGCAUCACAAAGUCCACAAAGUUCUCAAGGAAUAUCACUUAAUCUAGUGAGGCACAAUCUAAUGGAGACCGAAUUUAGAAAUGAGAGUUCUUUUGAUUUUUCUAUUUAUUCCCAACCGUCUCCACAAAAGUGA